AUGGCGGACAAAUGGGUGUUGACGGUGACGGCACAAACGCCGACGAAUAUAGCAGUGAUAAAGUACUGGGGAAAGAGGAACGAGUGUUUGAUACUGCCUAUUAAUGAUAUCAUCAGUGUCACUCUCGAUCCGCAGCACCUUUGCACCACCACCUCCGUCACUGUCAGCCCUGCCUUCACCCACGACCGCAUGUGGCUCAACGGCAAGGGCAAUGUCCAGCCAGAAGCUGUUCUGCAAACUGUUUCAAAAACUGGGAAGGCAACUUCUUACUGGGAAGCAACAGAAGAACCAGCUACACCAGAAUCAACGACGGAUGAAACACCAGCUGCAGCGGAAAGCCUGCUGAAGCACCAGCUACACCAGAAUUAA